AUGGCACUUGCUUGCGGACCCCUGCUUCCGCAGCCUCCAUCAUGGUUCCCCGGACACAUGAUGAAGUUCACGAGGAUGCUUCCCGCCCUACUCACUCGGACUGAUGUCGUUCUGGAAAUCCGAGACUCGCGUCUCCCACUGACAAGUAUUAAUAGAACACUCGAGGGUGCGCUACGGAAGUGGCGGGCAGAGCGCGGCUGGAGCCCUCACGAUCCCACUCUACGCGUGUCUGCGAACUCUCCAUGUGAACGAAUCAUUGUUUUCAACAAAAGCGAUCAAGUUCCUGAGUGGGGCAUGGAGCCGUUCCGACAGUCUAUGUCAGCUAGAUUCCCCGGGCAACAAUUUAUGUUUGCAUCGCUUCAUAAGCCACGCCAUAUACGACAACUCAACCAGAGUCUAGUAAACAUAGCAAAAGAGUAUCCACAUAACACCGAACUGAAUGUCCUGGUCAUUGGUAUGCCCAAUGUCGGGAAAUCGACGCUGCUAAAUGCCCUGCGGAAUAUGGGAAUUCAAGGCCCCACACCAAAAGCAUUUCAAACUUCAGCCCAACCAGGGCUGACCAGGGCGCUUUCUACGAGGCUGAAACUGUCUCUGGAACCUCCUGUCUAUGCUUUUGAUACCCCCGGCGUCAUGCUGCCUUAUCUUGGGCAAGGCCAAACGGGGGCAGAAAGAGGUGUUAAGCUAGCUCUAAUCGCGGGCAUCAAGGAAGGCAUGUACGACAUGGAAACAUUGUCAGCAUAUUUGUUGUACCGGCUGAAUGUUCUGAAUCCCAUUUCUCCCGCGUACCUAACACUUCUUCCUCAAGGGAGUGCACCCACAGUGGAUCUAGAGGAAUUCUUGACACUGCUCGCAAAGCGUAUGGGGAUGGUGAGACGGGGAGAAGGCUUCGAUCUCUCACGAGCAGCCGCCUACUUUGUGCGAUGGUGGCGUGAAGACGGCGCCACCAUCUAUGCCCAAUCAACUAUCAGCUCACCGUCCCAGGAAGUCAAAGAAGGUCCCGAUUUUCAAAUUCAUCACCCAGCCAAUAGCUUAUUUCCAUUUGCUAUCCGUCUAGGUAUUUGCGGUUGGGGCUUUGAUCUACAGUGGUCUAUGAAUCCAGGAGAGGUACUUACUACCGCGGUCGUCCAACAAAAGAUGGAUGCUUGCAUAGGAGAAUACCUCCAAAGGGUCGAGCGAGAAGAGAGUGACGAGGAUGCUAUCAGCCCUACUCAACGAAAGAAGAGGGCUAUGAUAGAAGAGAAGCGCCGACGAGCAGCAAAGUGGUCACAUCUUAAGACUUAA